CUUCAACCCAUAUAAAUCCAUGGACCCAACCCACAACAACAACAACAACAACAAUCCAAAAGCUCCAAUUUUGGACAAAAAUGGAGUCCUCAAAGCGUUUUCUCCUCGUCUUAACCCUUCUCUUUGCAGUCGUUCUCGUUUCUUCUGCCAAGAACGAUGAAGAAAAUCUUGAUCCUCAUAAAAAGAGUGGGGGCAUGAAACCGGAGCAGAUAGGUGUUGCUGGAUUUGGUGCAGGUUGGGGGAUGGGCAGAGGAGGUGGGUUGAUUGGGGGUAGGGGCAAUGGUAUAGGUGGUGGAUACGGAGGAGGUCCUGGCGGAGGUGGAGGUGAAGGUGGUGGAUGGGGUGGAGAGGGUCCAGGAGGUGUUGGUGGUGCUGGUGGUACAAGUGGAGGUGGAUGGGGCGGUGGUGGUAGUCCUGGAUGGCUUGGUGGUGGAGGAAUGGGUCGCCCUGGAAUGGGGUGGGGCGGUGGCGGUAUCCCUGGAAUGGGCGGCGGUGGCGGUGUCCCUGGAAUGGGUGGCGGUGGUUUUGGUCGUCCGGUGAAGAAGAAGGAAGAAGAGGGUGGAAAUUAAGUGAUUUAUGAUGUAUGUUUGCAUGCAUGCAUGCAUGAUCAUGUAGUAGUAGUAGUAGGUAUGUGAAAUAAAAAACUAGGAAUGAGGUGAAGAGAUAUGAUGUUAGUUUGGUAGGAUAUUGUUGUUUUAUGUAUGGAUGGUUGUACCACAUGUAUGGAUGGUUUGUACCACACGUAUCAUUAUGACUAUUAUUAACAAUAAGCAUGGUCUUUAUCAUCCACGUCAUCUAU